AGUGUAAACAGAACGGUAUUAGCAGCGUUAGCUUCUCUGCAGAGGACGGCGGAGUUCGAUGUGAACAUCUGAGCAGCUGCAGUGAAAAUGUCUUCAGUUCAGUCUCUCCGAGAGUUUAUCGGUGAGCGGUUAACCGCCGCUGCGGAAGAAAUCUUCACUCACGUGGAGCAAACCAUCUGUAAGCUGGAGGGGGAGCUCAGCCGGCAGCGCAGACUGCUGGAUGUUAUGAUCAUGAAGCCACAUGUUCAGCAGAAACCCACAGUUCUCCCUCAGAGUGAUCUGAGGAACCAGGACUGGAAGUUCAGCGGGAAGCAGGAGGAAUCAGACGCUCGUCAGAUCAAAGAGCAAGAGGAGGAGAUCUGCAUCCGCCAGGACGAAGAUCCGCUUGGUCUGAAGCAGGAGGCUGAUAUCUUGAUGGUGACUCUGCUUGAGGAAAAUGAGUUCAGCAGAGAAGAAGAUCUUAACAAUCAGCAGCUCCAGACUCAGAGCUUUAAUGAUGGUCAGGAUGAAGAAGAAGCAGCAUCGUCAUCAACUGCAGAGCCACGGAUCAUAAAUGACAGAAAUCAUGUGAGAAAAACAGUAAGGAUACAUUCCUGCAAAGUGUGUAGGAAAAGUUACACGGCUGCGCACAGCUUGAAGUGUCACAUGAGAGUCCACACUGGAGAACGGCCUUAUUCCUGUAAAGAAUGCUGCAAAAGUUUCAGUCAAAGUUCUCACCUCACCACCCACAUGAUCACCCACACAGGGGCAAAGAUGUUCUCCUGCAGGCUCUGCGGUAAAAGGUUUAGUCAAAGUCAUCACCUGGGGUCUCACAUGAGAACCCACAGCGGUGAGAAGCCCUUUUCCUGCGAGGAAUGUGGUCAGACUUUCAGCCAAAGGUCGCACCUCACAGGUCACAUGACCACCCACAUGGGAGAGAAGCUGUUCUUUUGUGAGUUCUGCAGUAAAGGUUUCAGUCGAAGCACUCAUCUGAGCAGUCACCGGGUGAUUCACACGGGGUCGAGGCCGUUCUCCUGCUCGGAAUGUGAUAAGAGCUUCACUCAGAGUUCCAACCUCACCCGCCACAUGAAGACCCACAGCAGAGGGGGGGCUCUGCCAGGAAGUUAGCUCUGAACUCGACUGAAUGGCGCCUUACGAAAAUAAGACACUUCCUGUUAUCGUCUCGGCUGACGGCUUUCAGUUCAGCUUCAUUUAGGAAACAACAGCAUGUAACCAUGGCAACACUAAAACAACAUCAGAAGAGGAUACAAAACACACACACACAUUUCAAGGAAAGGAAGAAAAUAGAUAUAUUUUUUUAAAUCUUCACAUUUUGUUUUAGGUCUGGAGAGAAACAGAAAGUCUGUCAAUAGUGGGGUCUCUGAAGCUGUUUUUUUAUCUGUGGCAGUUGUAAUGAAGCGGUUUUGCCCCUCCACAGGUGUGUCCAGGUGGUGCAUGGCGUUUGAAGGCUCUUCGUGCACAUAACACCCACAAUCCUUUACCGUUUUCACCACUUUCCUGUCAUCUGCUCUGCAGCUGGAAGACCAGACAUAGGACAGGAUGCUGCGUCUGGGCAGGAGGGGCGGCGGGGGGCUGACCUCCAGCUGUGUAGUACAGACGGCGUACUGGGAAAUCAGAGCUGCUCCCGACGUGUCUGAAGUAGCCGCUGUCAUCCAUGAUUUCAUGUUCCAGGUUGCACCUCUGACAGAACUAAAGCUUCAUUUGACAGAAAGAGAUUCAUCGAAACCAACUUUGCUUUUCAAUAAGUUUUAUUGCAAGAUUUUAGUAAUUUCUUAAAGAAGGUUCUGCCACUUUAACUCACUAAAGACGUGACAUCUGUUUUAAGAAAGCAAACACUAUGACAGAUGUGAAUAAUGAAGGUGUCACUAAAGUGUAGAUCACUGAAGUGAUCCUCUGUAGUCGAAGCAGUCUGGGAUGGCGUGGAGGUCUCCACUGAUUGGUUCAGAGAAGCUCAGAAAGUGAAGCCUCAAGUGCUUCAUGGAUGUAGGAUGUGUGGGAAACGUCAGCCCAGCGUGACUGAAGCCUGGGUCAGAGCUCCCUGGGGGUUCGUCCCAGGAAGAUGUUUUCUGUCUGACUAAUCAAAGACAAAACCUAUUUCAGUUUUAGUGAUAGUGGUUGAUUUGUCUAAAAUUCCAGUAACUUGGUAAAAAAAAUCUUCAAAAAUGAUGAUCUCUUUCAAUGAUGUGUGAUGUUCAUGAUGUGUCAACAUAAACCCUCCCCCCGUGGGGUUCUUCCCCAAUUUCAGCAACAAACGUUCCCUUUUACAUUAAGGGUGUUGAUAAAUUGCACGUGCACAGUGAUGGAUGCUUCUGCUGGCUGGUCCCACCCUUUGAUGUUUUUUUGGUCAGAAAUAAAUCUGUAAAGUGAACUACACAAA